AUGGGAACACCAUAUCUGAAUUUCGAGGUUGAGGAGAAUCCUCAUACAUCCGAGCAACAGAUGUCAGGAAAAAUCCACGUUCUCUCCAGGAAACUCGGUUGCGGCAUCCGCAUUACGUUGAAGGAGCUGUUGGAAUGUCUCAUGGAAGAUCUUUCCGACGAGUUUCCAGAUGUCCACAGAAAAUUAAUUGCCCCGUAUCCUAACGACUCAAGUGGUUCCAAGUGGUCCUGGAAGCGAAGAAACGUCCUCAAAAUCCACAAUCCAAGGGAAUUAUGCCCCCAUUAUGAAAGCUGCGUAGCCUACGGCGAAAAGCUUGGUGUCCCAAAUAAUGCAUCUGAGAGCUUUUGUGGACCCUCUGAGCUUAAACAAUGCCCUUAUCCCGUCCCCCCGGAGCCUAUAUCUAAUUCGGAACCUGGACAAAUCUGUGCUUAG